AAGAUGAGGAAUGAAACCAUCUUGUAAGAUCAACUUCAAUCUGAGUUAUUGUCGUCUUGCGAGAGAGAUCCGUUGGGCUGAACGAAUGAUUGAUGCAAAUGUACGCCAUCAGUGAAAGCAACAAGCCCGUGCGUGAUUGAAAGAUGCAAAAGAGUACGACCAUAGCAUUAGCGUAGAAAGAGUCACUUUACAGAAGGUGGCUGUGCAUUUGAUCAUCAUAAGGGGUACAGACAAAAGGUUGAACAACACUUCUCUCAACCAUCAUCAUCACAACGAUUACAGAUAACAUGUCAACAACAACGAACAAUCAAGAAGAUUUGGCUGCAUACAGACAAAGAGUAGCAGCAUCUACACAAGCUGCAUUAUCAGGACUAAACCCAUCUCAAAAAGACAGCGAGCAGAGUACUACUACUACAAGCCAACCAGAUCAAGAACAACGUCAAUGGCGAAACCUCUCAGACCCAAAAGAAUACGAGAAAUGGGCAGCUGAACGUCGUGAUAAACCAGAAGAUUGGAAAAGAUACAAAGAUGAACGAUUAGGCGGCGCUCUUUCGGGUGGAACAAGUGCAGAUCAAAGAGAGUACUGGAAAGCAAAAGAUGCAUUGAGAGGAGUUGAAACACAACCUACACAACAACAGUAAAUACACACAUGGUGGCUACUUUUUUCAUCAAAUUCCAUUGAGUUCUAUAUUUUACUGAUUGACAACUCUUGUACAAAUAAAAGGAGUGUGUGUGUGAUAAAUAUUGCAAAUGAAAAAAC